UUAAUCAACGGUCUAGGCCUAAGAUGUAAUAAUAAUUUUAGAUCAAGACUAGCACUAGAUAUAGAAAAGUCUAGAAGAAUCAAGGUAGAAGUGAAAAUGUUUUGCCCACAUCAAAUCAGAAGGAUCUGUUCCAAUAUAGGCCUACUAUGUGUUCAUGGAUCUUCUCAACCAACAUUAUGUCGUUUGCUAACCAGGAUUGAGGUGCUAAGACAUGUGUGUGGGGCUCGCUCCUUGCACAGCACACCCAAACCAGGCAUUGGUAAAUUAAUUGACAAGAAGACAGAUUUGAAUCGCUUCUUGAUUGAGAUUGGUACUGACCCUAAAGAAGCCAGGUACUGGUUGAAGAACUUCAAGUCUAGUGUUGAGAAUUCAGAUGUCUUCAUGGUGGUCACAGUUGAGCAUGAUGUCAUGGAUAAUCUAGAAUUGUUGGAGAAGUUUGCCUCCAGCAUUUCCUUUCUGAAAAGAAACAGCAUGUCUCCUCUUAUUGUAUGUGGAAGUGGACCAGCAAAAGGUUCUUUCAAUAAGACAAAGGAAGCUUGUGUGUGGAAUGCUGUGACUCUCAAUGAUAUGCUAGAGGGCCAUGGCACUAACACAAGAGUUCUGUACCCUGGCUGUGGGGUGGUAACUGGAGAAGUGGAAGACCAAACAGGCAACUCUAAAAAUCUGCAAAUCUCCACUGAAAUCAUUCAGUCCAGUCUGGCUACACAGCACCUCCCCAUUCUUCUCAGCUAUGGGGAGACAGCAAGUGGCCAGAUUUUCCCCAUCAAAUCAUGGGAGCUGUCAACUCAGGUUUCAAAGGUUUUUCAGCCCAAGAAAGUUAUGUUCGUUAAUUCACAUGGUGGGUUUUUGGAUGAGCAAGGCAAGGUCAUUCCAAAUGUAAAUCUUCCUAUUGAUCUUGAGACAGCUGAACAGAAAAGUUGGUACAGGCCAGAUAUUAUGAGCACUAUGAUGUAUGUGUGUAAAUUGCUGGGAGAGCUACCUAUCGAUAGCUCAGUGGUCAUCACAUCAGCAGACACCAUGUUGAGAGAGCUCUUCAGUCACAGAGGUUCUGGAACAUUCUUUAGGUCCACGGAAGCUGUCCACAAAUACUCAUCGCUUGAUGGCAUUGAUCUUGACCGUCUGAGGUGCUUAUUACACAGAUCUUUCAUGAAAACAUUGGUGGAUUCUUAUUUUAAUGACAUUGCUCCCAACAUUCAUGCUAUUUACUUGUCAGAGUCGUACAGCGGCGUGGCUAUACUCCUGAAGAGCCCCAACAGCAACAUCCCGUACAUGUGCAAGUUUGCUGUGACCAACAGAGCCCAGGGUCAGGGCACAGGGGAGCUGCUGUGGGACAGGCUGAUCAAGUCAGAGCCCUGUCUGUUCUGGAGAUCCAAAAUUGAAAACCCAAUCAACACCUGGUAUUUCAAGAAAUGUGAAGGUUCCCACAAUAAUCAUAAGUGGCUUGUCUUCUGGUAUGGUGUGUGUGACCCUAACCUUUCUGUUGGGCUCAUCAAGGAUGCUGUUGACAGGAAAGAUUCCUUCAUUGCUGAUGGUGAUAUUUCCUGCCCAGGGAGUGAUGAUGAGGAGGAGAGGAUGGGAGGAUAGAUACAAAGAGUACACAGAUAUCUUUAGGAGGAGAGGAUGGGAGGAUAGAAACAAAGAGUACACAGAUAUCUUUAGGAGGAGAGGAUGGGAGGAUAGAAACAAAGAGUACACAGAUAUCUUUAGGAGGAGAGGAUGGGAGGAUAGAAACAAAGAGUACACAGAUAUCUUUAGGAGGAGAGGAUGGGAGGAUAGAAACAAAGAGUACACAGAUAUCUUUAGGAGGAGAGGAUGGGAGGAUAGAAACAAAGAGUACACAGAUAUCUUUAGGAGGAGAGGAUGGGAAGAUAGAUACAAGUAACCAGAUAUCUUCAGGAGGAGAGGAUUGGAGGAUAGAUAAAAGGAGUACACAGAUAUCUUUUGGAGGAGAGGAUGGGAGGAUAGAUACAAAGAGUACACAGAUAUCUUUUGGAGGAGAGGAUGGGAAGAUAGAUACAAGU